UUGCUGCAGAGGUUGACAAACAUCGAACUUCAGACGUGCCAUCGCCCCAGCAUUCUCAGACCGAGCACUGGCACAGCAGGUCAAAAGCACAGUGACAAUCUGAUAUAUUGUUUACGUGCUCGCUGUGGUGAAGGGCCAGUCGACCUUGUGAAAUGGUUUUCACUGACAGCUUACGACAUAAUCACAGAACUCACAUUCGGGGAGUCGAAUGGCUGCCUGGACAGCCCAGACGAACCCUGGCUCACAGUGAUGGGAGCUAGGGCAAAGACGAUACGAUGGUGGCAGUUCUCGAUCUACUAUGGAUUUGAUGAGAUCGUUUCGAGACUUGCGCCUGCCGCUCUCACCGGAUCACGAAAGGAACACAUGAAGAUGCUCGCGGGCAAGGUUCAGCGAAGACUGAAAGACACUACUGAUCGCAAGGACUUCAUGUCCUACAUACUGGACAACAAAAUGGAGCCAUUGUCAGUGUCUGAGCUGAUAAUCAUGGCGAGCGCGUUCAUUGUCGCUGGAUCGGGGACUUCGGCCAGAGCACUUGCAGCGACAAUCUACUUUCUAUGCCAGAAUCCAGAGAAGCUCUACUUGGCAAGCGACGAAGUGCGCAAAGUCUUCUCGAGUGAGGAUGAUAUCACGAUCAGAGACACUGCAUCGCUACAGUACCUCACGGCGUGCAUCGAUGAAGCGAUGCGAAUGCACCCACCUAACCCUUCGACUCUACCACGGUUUGUCCCGGAAGGUGGGGAGGUCAUUGAAGGCCAAUGGGUACCAGGUGGGAUUGCUGUCGGCGUGCAUCAACUAUCGGCUGGGCUCGCAGGUUGGAACUUUGCCAAAGCAAAGGAGUAUCAUCCCGAACGAUGGCUUGAUGUGUCACCUGGUUCGCAAUUUGAACGACAGGACAAAGCUUCUGUACAGCCCUUUUCAUAUGGACCUAGAAGCUGCGUUGGCAUUAACCUCGCAUAUGCGGAGAUGCGCCUAGUCUUGGCAAAGCUUUUGUUUACGUUCAAUCUGGAGUCGACCACUGAUGCUGAAGGCUGGACUUCACGACAGAAGAAUUAUUUGACUUGGGAACAAAUCCCUUUGAUGAUUAAGUUGAGCCUCAGGACGUGA